CUCCUAGCUGCCAGCUCAGCUGUCUGGUCGAGGAACGGUGGACAGGGAGCGUCAUCGCCAAACUAUGAGGCGGCUCCAUUGCACUCUCUGCAAAGUCGCAUCGAGGACCGUCUGGAGCGUUUGGACGAUGCCAUCCACGUAUUGCGGAGCCACGCGGUGGGGCCGUCGACGGGUAUGACAAGCGGGCACGGUGACAUGCACAACCUCAUCGGGGCCGCACAUACGCACAAUGGCGCUAUGGGCGCUCUGAGCAGCGGGUACGGGACGGGACUGCUGUCGGCCAACAGACACUCCCUCAUG